AUGGCUAGCAAAAGAAAGUCAACAACUCCCUGUAUGGUGCGAACUUCUGAAGUUGUGGAGCAGGAAGGCACCGAGGGCGUAGAGGCUCCUAAAGAGAAGGGAGCUGGUGCACUGCAGCAGGACUUUAAAAAAAAUUGGCCUUCAGAAAGCUCAGUCAAAGACUGUGAAGUGGUUGAGGCAAAGCCCCCAGCUGAAUCACAGUCGAAGAAACCCCAGGGUGGUUAUGAGUGUAAAUACUGCCCUUACUCAACGCAAAACUUAAAUGAAUUUACAGAGCAUGUUGACACUCAGCAUCCAAAUGUCAUUCUCAACCCCCUGUAUGUCUGUGCUGAAUGCAACUUCACAACCAAAAAAUACGAUUCUUUAUCUGACCACAACACAAAGUACCACCCGGGAGAGACUAACUUUAAAUUGAAAUUAAUUAAACGCAAUAAUCAGACUGUUUUAGAGCAGUCCAUUGAGACCACCGCUAACGAUGCCACUGUCACAAGCAGUGGGCUAGAAAAUGCAGAAUGUGAUGAUUCACUUCAUGGGGGAAUUAGCGCAAGUAAAACGCCAAUGAUGAAACUGGGAAAGCCUAAAGGGGAAACCAAGAAGGCUCCCAAAAAGCCGGAAGAGGGAGUUACGGAAAACCAUGUGGAUGGCGCUCUCCCCCGCAUCAUAACUGAAGCCACUGAAGCUAUUGCUUGUAUAAAUGGAGACCUCCUCCAUGAUGUGUUAGCCCAUGUUAUGCCCUCUGUACAGCUGCCACCAAAUAUUAACCUUGUCCCCAAGGUCCCAGUACCUCUGAACAGUACCAAAUACAACUCUGCGCUGGACACUAAUGCAACCAUGAUCAACUCCUUUAAUAAAUUUCCUUACCCGACGCAAGCAGAGUUGUCGUGGUUGACAGCAGCAUCAAAACAUCCAGAAGAACAAAUCCGAAUCUGGUUUGCUACGCAACGUUUGAAGCAUGGUAUAAGUUGGUCUCCUGAGGAAGUGGAGGAGGCAAGAAAGAAGAUGUUCAACGGUACUAUCCAGGCAGUUCCCCAAACCAUCACUGUCCUGCCAGCUCCUUUGACAACUGCAAAAAUGCCUCAGCCCAUCAUCCAGACAGCUUUGCCUUGUCAGAUACUGGGCCAGACUGGUCUGGUUCUGACUCCUGUGUCAAAUGGUUCAACCGUUUCCUGUUCGCCAAUUACACUUGCUGUUGCCCCAAACCAGGGGCAAAAGAGGACAAUACAGACCUUGUCAAGUGCCCCAGAGGCCAAGCGUCCUCACGUAGUUCAGGUGCCUGAGAUUCCUGCCAAGUUGACUGCUGUACCACUGACGCCAGCCAGUGAGCGAAAAAAGACGAAGGAGCAGAUAGCAGAGCUGAAGGCCAGUUUCAUGGCAAGCCAGUUUCCCGAUGAUGCAGAAGUCUACCGGCUGAUAGAGGCAACGGGUCUCUCCAGGAGCGAGAUCAAGAAGUGGUUCAGUGACCACAGGUACAGAAGUCAAAGGGGCAUUGUACACAUCCCUGGCGAUACUCUAGGGAAUGAUCAAAUAGCACCUUCAGCUGGUCGACAUGGACGUUCGUUUCACCCAUACACAGAUUUUACUCCCCAGAAAUUCAAAGAGAAAACCCAAGAGCAGCUUAAGGCCCUUGAGGAGAGUUUCCUAAGAUGCUCUUUUCCUACCCAAGGAGAAUUGGACAGGCUUCGAGUAGAGACUAAGCUGAGUAGGAGGGAGAUAGAUUCAUGGUUCUCUGAGCGGAGAAAGAUAAGGGACAGCAUGGAGCAAGCUGUCUUGGACUCAAUGGGAUCAUACAGAAAAAUUAAAGAACAAGGAACUCCCAAUGGUGCAAUAAACCAGGCAGAACUGCUGAGUAGCUCCCAGCUCCCUGGUGCUUUAUCUGGGUCCUCCACCACAUUUAAGAAAACCCAAGAGCAGACUCAUCUACUGAAAAGCACAUUUGCAAGGACACAGUGGCCAUCGCCCCAGGAGUAUGACCAGUUAGCAUCUCAGACUGGGCUCACAAGAACUGAAAUAGUUCGCUGGUUCAAGGAAAACCGGUCUUCACUAAGAACAGGGUCACUUAAAUGGAUUGACCAGUACCAGCAGCAGUACAUUGUUGACGGUCAUAAUGAGCAAAGCCAGAAAAAGGGAUCAAAACACACUGAGAGUCCAAAGAAUGGUAAUGAGGUGUCUCGGCAGCAUUACCAGGAGCAUAAAAAACUGAAUGAAGAGAAUGGGGGGAAACUAGUGGUGAGAGCAAAAAGGGACUGUGAACCACUGAAAGACUCUUUGUUGGGGAAUCAAGCGGAGGGUACGGACAGGUUGGAGUGCAACAGCCACGACGGCCACGGCAGUGAGGAGAACGAGGAGCCAGCGGACGUCAACUGGGUAGAGGUGACGGUGGGUGAGGAUGAUGCUGUAUCAGACUGUACAGACAGCUGGAGCCAAACAGCACCCGAAGGCCAGGCAGAGCUGGCUGACUUUGACUCUGAAAGUAUAUCUGGAGACAAUUCCCACGUAUAGACAGGGGUACUCCUCAGCUGCACUGUCCUGACGUUGAAGGGGAAAUGCUGUCUGAAAAUAGAAGAAAACUCUAUUUUCCUGCCUGGGGUGAGGUAGCGUGUUGCAACUCCAAGUCUCAAACCGCAGUUGCGGAGGCACAGCGAGAAAUACUCUCAUGGAGCAUCGUCAUGGGAUCGUUUAUAGUGCCAAAGUCCUACUACUGCAUUAAAAAAGAAAAGAAAGAAAGAGGAAAGGGUCCUUGUACAUAGGUUUCUCCUUAGCUUCUCUCCCACCUGCUUUCCUGCCCAGGCUCUUCCUCUACUGGAACAGAUUUGUACAAUGUGGAAAUUUUGUUACCUUUUUAAUAGGUGCAAGUUAUUCUUGCAUAUAAUGCCAUUGCAAAAUUUGGGGGUUGGUUUGGGGGAGGGAAGUGUCUUUUGUGGGGGAGGGAGAGGAGA